GCGCACUCGAUCCAUUGCGCGCGUCCUGCAACAGUAGCAACUACAACUGCACCUAAUACACACGAAUCGCACAAUGAGCGGCAAGUCGGACAUCUCUUUCCUGCUGAACCCGCAGCCGGCGGGCUACCGCGAGCUGCGCGCCCCGAUGCCGGCGCCCAUGUCCCCGCCGCACGCCGCAUCGUCGCUGCUGCUUCUGGGCGCGUGCAUCGCGCCGCUCGACAAGAUGAGCAGCGUGUACAGCAGCAGCAGCAGCGGCGGCGGCUGCAGCAAGAAGACGCUGUUGCCGGCGCUGUCUCUGGCUGCGCUGUGCGAGGCCAGUAGCAGCUACAGCAGCGGCAGCAGCAGUGGCGCCGACUCGAGCUGCAGCGACAGCGAUGACGACGACGAAGAGAAACAAGAGCAACAACAACCGACCGCGGCGUCCGCGCCGACGACCGCCACGACCAACUCGAAGACGGACGCGACCACGGAGCAGACGGCUACGACCCGCACCCCCGCCGCCGCCAAGACCAGCAAGCCCAAGAAGCCCCGCGCGACCCGCACGCGCGUGCGCAAGAACCGCACGCCGCCGUGCCAGGUGGACGGGUGCACGAACAUCGCCGUGUCUCGCGGCUGCUGCGUGCGGCACGGCGGCGGCUCUCGCUGCUCGAUGGCGGGGUGUCCGAACCGCGCCAAGCUGUACAAGAAGUGCUUCCAGCACGGCGGCUUCAAGACGUGCGCGACCGAGGGCUGCACGCGCAAGGCGAAGCGGUACGGCCACUGCUGGUCGCACGGCGGGGGCCGCAUCUGCGAGACCCCCGGGUGCGACAAGGUGUCGACGCAGGGCGGACUGUGCUGGGCGCACGGCGGCGGCAACCGGUGCAAGCUGGAGGGCUGCAGUCGGCGCUCGUACCAGAAGUACGGCUACUACUGCGUGGACCACGCGUCGCUGAGCAAGGGCGAGCCGGCGUAAGUUUGCGAGCAAGCAAGCAUGCGAGCCAGCACUUGCUUGAACGAUCAUCAAGUGUCGUUUGAGCAAGGAAGCUGGUUCAUUCGGCUGUGGCGAAGCCUACGAAGCAUGUGCCCCGGAUGCAGUUGUAGGCGGGUACAAUAGUUGAAAUGAUCCCUAUUUAUCUGGUAGUUGCAAAUCUGAAGCAAUAAACUUUUAUUUUCUCAUCUGU